GCUAAUGACAGGGGACACUUGAACAGCGAAGGGACAACAGCGGUUCUUUCGAUCAAUAAACAUGAUCAGAAUCGCGGCUGCGUUUCGGAGAGCGCUCGGCGUCGUACGGGAACAAGUUGGGACAGAUCAUUUUGGGAACAAGUACUUUAUUAUCCCCGAGCAGAAGACAUGGACAGGAAGGGUUGUCCGUGCCAAGCGGAUAGUGGAGGCAGCCAAUCCAACAGAAUUUGAAUAUAUGGAGGGGAGCAUCCCGACUGAGUGGGACGCUUGGAUCCGAGGCAGACGAAAGGAGCCCCCCUCCAUGGAGGAACUGAUGAGGAACGAGCACAACAGGGAGCAGGUCAAACUCAGAGCCAAAGAAGUUGAGGAGAAAGACAAGGUUCUACAAACUAAAGAGAUAGAGGAAGGACUGGUGGCAUCGUCGCGGACAGUGGCCAAAGGUCACGCAUCCGCUGCCAACUUUGGCAGAGAAGAGAUCAGCGAGGAGCCCACAAGUACUGCAAACACAUUUCAACCUGGGUCCUGGGUGCCGAACCCCAAGAAAUAAACCAUUCAGCCUUUUAGGCUCCUGGAGAUCUGACACUUCAUAGAGUUCGAUGACCCCGGUGCCCAUGUUCUUUCGAUUACAUAUGUAUUCUGUUAAUAAAGUGAUUAAACACUCA